AUGACACCGGUAACAACGCAGUCGUCGCCACAAUUAUUAUUCCCGUUGAAUUCAAUAUUAGCACAGCAACAACAACUAACUCCCGCGCAGCAGCAACAAUUUAUAAAAAAUCAAAUAUUAGCUGCGCAAAUGCGUAACCAACAACAACAGCAACAGCAGCAACAAAUAGCGCAGCAACAAAUAGCGCAACAACAAAUAGCGCAACAUCAACGACAGUUCUUUCAAAAGCUACAGUUGCAGCAACAACAACGACAAAUAUUACUACAAAGAUUACAAAAACCGAACACACAACCUAUAUCACAACCUGCAUGUAUGAAUCAUAAACCAUCGCCAACAACGCCGAAUUCAUCAACGACGACGCCAACUAACAAUAUCAGCGUUAUCAGCACAUAUAAUAAUCCAUUAAAAACACCUCCAACACCAUCCGUAAAUGCUAACAACAAUAAUGUUAUUAAUGGACGGAAACCUUGCGCUCUUUCCACAUGUCAGAAUCUUGCAUAC